UCUUAGCCCACAAUACCAGUUGAUUCUUGAAUUAGACACACUGUAGUGCUCGACAAGCAAUUCAAUUGUUGUCAGUUACAUAUAUAUAUAUUUAUAAAAUUUAACCGGCGCGUGUUCUAGAACUAUUUCGCGUGACAAUAAUUAUUUAUCGUUGUACUGUGUCGGAAAAUUGAUUGUACUUAAUUCGGCCGCAAUUCAAUUAAUCGGACAGUUUAGAAAGUUUUUUUUCUAAAGACAGGCGUUCCAACAGAAAUCAUGACCGAUGAAACAGGGAAUACCAAAUUUUCUGUUAAAACGUUCGACUCCGAUAGAGAUCUUCAGGGUGAAGGGGGAGGCGGUAAAGAUAAUCCCACCGGAAAGAAUGGUGAAAGUCUUUUCGGCUAUUCGAAUCCAGCAUUCACGGGAUCAUUCCACAGUAAACUCUCAGAAGUUGAGAUGAAAGGAAGCAACGAUUUUACCCUAAUAGACGAACCAAAGCGUUCAACAAUUAAAGCAAUUAAAACGGUCGUACCAUGGCUUAAACAAAAAGUACAAAAGGCGUGCACCAAAAAGAUGCUGCAUCGCCGCCUUCCAAUAAUUAGUUGGCUACCGCAAUACAACUCGCAAGAUGCAAUUGGCGAUUUGGUGGCCGGCAUCACAGUAGGUCUUAUGGUUAUACCGCAAUCUUUGGCUUACGCGUCCAUAGCUGGUCUACCACCACAGUAUGGGCUUUAUAGUUCCUUCCUAGGCUGUUUUAUUUACAUAGUAUUGGGUACAUGUAAAGACGUUCCAAUGGGACCCACCGCUAUAGCUUCCAUACUUACCUUUCAAAUUGUACAGGGGAGAAGUCCAGAGUAUGCAAUACUCCUCAGCUUUUUGUCAGGAAUAAUCGAACUACUUAUGGGUUUCUUCGGUUUAGGAUUUUUAGUGGACUUUGUGUCCGGACCAGUUUCGUCAGGAUUUACAUCAGCGGCAGCGUUAAUUAUUUUGACGUCACAAGUAAAGGACCUAUUAGGAAUUAAGGCUAGUGGAUCCACAUUCGUCCAAACUUGGACAAGUAUUAUUUCCAAUAUUCAUGGUUUAUCUGGAUGGGACACCUUUUUGGGUGCCGCAUCCAUUAUUGUUCUACUGUUAAUGAGACUAAUGACGAAAAUUAAGUUUGGACCGGAAGAAACAUCCGAUUCCGCUCCGAACAAAUUCCAAAAAUUUGCCAACGCCACCAUAUGGAUAAUUUCAACUUCUAGGAAUGCAAUCCUUGUAGUGGUCUGUGGUUUUAUAGGGUACUUCCUGUUCACAAGUUACGAAGAUGUCCCUGUCAAACUUAUAGGAGAUAUUCCUUCUGGUCUACCCGAAAUAAAAGUUCCUGCAUUUAGUAUGAAUUCCGGGAAUACUACAACUUCUUUUCUUGACAUGUUAGCAACAUUAGGAUCUGGGGUAAUUUUGGUUCCUUUGUUGGCACUGUUAGAAGAUAUUGCAAUCUGUAAAGCGUUUGCAAAUGGUAAAUCAAUUGAUGCAACCCAGGAACUUCUUUCAAUUGGGGUCUCGAAUGUGGCUACAUCUUUCUUCCAAGGAUUUCCAAUUACUGGUGCCUUGUCCAGGAGUGCUGUUCUAAACAGCAGUGGCGCAAGGACACCCUUCAACGGUUUUUACACUGGCGUCCUGGUUAUAGCGGCACUUCUAUUUUUCACCCCUUAUUUCUUCUACAUACCAAAGGCCAGCUUAGCUGCUAUUAUCAUAGCUGCAGUCAUCUUCAUGGUGGAAGUUAAAGUUGUUAGACCAAUGUGGAGAUGCAAAAAAAGUGAUUUCUUCCUUGCGCUGGCAACGUUCGUAGCUUGUUUAGUGUUGGCUUUGGAGGUUGGAAUUUUGGUAGGCAUUGGCAUGAAUCUGCUCUUCAUUCUGUAUUACGCCGCGAGACCCAAGAUAACUAUCGAAAAACUUGUGAGUUCCAAUGGAAUCGAGUAUUUGAUGUUGACACCUGAUCGAUGCCUGAUCUUUCCGUCGGUGGAUUACGUAAGGAAUUUGGUAACCAAGCAUUCGGUGCGUCAAGAAAUACCCGUCGUCAUAGACUGUUCUCAUAUUUAUGGGGCUGAUUAUACGGCCGCUACUGUUAUCGACACUCUUACCAAAGAUUUCGCAUGCCGAAAUCAGGUUCUCAUUUUCUACAACUUGAAACCAAGUGUCAGUAACGUGUUCGAAGCACUUUCACCGAAAGAGUUUCUCGUGUCGUACAACGAAGAGGACGUAAAUUCGUUGUUAUCGCGAAAAACGACCGAAUUAAAAGCUAGGUGCAAUAUUUAAUGUUUUUUUUGCGAUUAAGUGUCUUUUUACGUUAACUUGAACGGUAUUAUUCCUACACUACUUAUAUUUUGUACAUAUUAUAGAUAUAGAAAAAAUAAUUCUGUGGAAGGAAGUUGAUGAUAAAUAAGUUAUAUUUAUUAUUAGAAAGCAGUACUUUUUUACGUAAAUUUACGUAAUGUAAUAUAAUUGUAUUAUUUUUCUACAUGAAGGAUUAUUGCACUUAUUGAUAAGUAGUACUUAAUCGUACCAGGCAGUAUUGAGUUGACUUCUAUUUAUUGCUAAUAUACCUAAAAUAUUUGUCGAAAUGAAAUUUGUGCCAUUGCUUGGCAAUAAAAUAACGAAGUUGCGCUCAGUUCGAAAGCCUAAAUCGUAGUGAGACAAUUUACUUAAUUAACGCCUUAUUUACACUCCAGUAUUUAAAAGUAGACAAUCCUUUACUUCUGCAUCAUUGUAGCGGAAAACAGAUUUUUGUAUUAAUUAUUUUUAUUAGAUAACUUUUUUUUAGAGAAACUGUGAUAAAACAAAAUACAUUA